CUUCAAGGUCUGGGCAGGCCAGGACUGGUUGCUGUGUACUUUAGGCAGUUGAGAACAAAUGGUGAGCUACAGGUAAAUCAGGAAUCGCCCGUGACAGCAUGAUCAGGUGUGAAGCUUGUAAACCUCCCAGAUCCCUGCGGUACCGAGGUGUGAGCAGCUGCAGCCGAGGUCAGCAUCAGAGCUUAUAGUUCCAAGAAACACUGAGCCAUGGCUUUCAAUGGAGAUUGGAAAGUCUGUGAAAAUGAUAACUUUGAAGCUUUUCUCAUUGCCUUGGGUGUUCCUGAGAAGCAGCGAAAGAUGGUGCUGGAUGACAGGCUAGAAAUGGGCAUAAAGCAAGAAGGAAGCAAGUUCACAAUCGUUGAGAAAAGCUGCCUUUGUACUAAGACUUCGGAGUGGUUUUUGGAUGAAGAAUUCGAAAACAUCCUUGCUGACGGGAGUCAGGUGAAGGGAACAUUUGUCUUGUCCAAGCCAAAUUGCCUAACUGGACAUUUUAAGAAGCUUUCAGAUGGAAAAGACUUUACCAUCAUCAGAGAGGUUGACGGUGAUACACUGGUGCAGGUCAUUAAGAUUGACGGACAGGAAGCCAAAAGAACCUUCAAGAAACAGUGAAGGGUACUGAUCAGAGAUGUCACCAAGAUCCUGAUAUAAAACAGUUCCUGUGUGUGCGAUAGUGUUCUGCACCUGGCUGAUCAAACUCUGUUUGCCGAUCUUAAUGUGCAAAUUUGUUGUAUUACUCUAUGUGCAAUAAAUGACCAUGGAUUGAUAACAUUA